UUCAGUCCUGUAUGUAGAAUCUGAGUUAAACAACCCUACGGCUAUAUUUGGAAACCGAGUUAAAUAUAGCUUUGUAUUCUAUGCAUUUUAUCGUACACAUCAUGAGAUUUAAGUGUUAGAGAAUGGAUCCUUGAAAAACCAACCAAACAAAAUGGAUCCUUGUUAGAAGUGGCGAUUACAAAAAUGAAUAGCCUAAGGGGAAGAAUUAAAACAGGGUUCCAGGUUUUGUUAUGAACUUAGUCAUUAAGCUUAGUUAUUAUCCAGAUGAAUUCUUGGUGUGCUGUCUAUAGCUAGGUGUGGAGGGACAAGAAAAUUGAAAAUGUCAGCAAAAUUGGAAAGAAGACGCGGUUACUGAUCAGACUGAAAUAAAAGAUUGAUAUUAAAUGCCCAUCUCCCAUAAAAGCAUAACUUUCACAAAAUCAUCAUCUACAUUAUUGAUUUUCCUCUAGGAAUAGGAGAAUUAAGUCCUGUGAAUGUUUCUGAACUAGAGACCUUUUGGAACUAAAGGGAAGAAUGUCUUGAGUCUUUAUGCCUUGAAAAAGUAAAUUCUCAGGACCAGUAAGUGGACACGGCCUUUCUUUCAUCUAGAUGCCAGGUUUGGAAAUACUAAUACGAAAUUGGUACAUAUGAUGCUGGAAACUUGUAGAUGUGAACUACCCGUGACUAAAGGGCCUGAAGAAGAUGUACCUUUCCAGCUCUUACCCAGAAAAUGACUGUUAAGACAAUGAUGGGUCAGGAGGACCGGUGGGAAACUCCCUAGGAGACCGCCAUAGAAGAUGUACACGUCAGAAGAGAGCUGUAAUCGGAGAACUCAAACAAGGAACAGAUAUCAUGUGUGCCCUCACAAGGGGAAAAAGAUUUUUAUUCAUUUGCAUAAGUGUACCCAAAUAGAUGGUCAGAUAUGCCAGUGCCUUGAAUGUGCGCAAAGCUUCUGUGAAAACUUAGCUCUUAUUAUGUGUGAGAGAACCCGUACUGGGGAGAAACCUUAUAGAUGUGAUAUGUGUGAGAAAACCUUCCUCCAAAGCUCAGAACUUACUUCACAUCAGAGGCUCCACACUUACGAGAAACCUUACAAAUGUAGCAAGUGUGAGAAGAGCUUUUGGCAUCACUUAGCCCUUUCCGGACACCAGCGAACCCAUGCAGGUAAAAAGUUCUAUACGUGUGACAUUUGCGACAAGAACUUUGGCCAGAGCUCAGAUCUGCUUGUUCACCAGCGAAGCCACACCGGGGAGAAGCCUUACCUGUGUAGCGAGUGUGACAAGUGCUUCAGUCGGAGUACAAACCUCAUCCGGCACCGACGGACCCACACAGGCGAGAAGCCAUUCAAGUGUCUGGAGUGUGAGAAAGCAUUCAGUGGGAAAUCAGACCUUAUUAGCCACCAGAGAACGCAUACUGGCGAGCGUCCCUACAAGUGUAACAAGUGUGAGAAGAGUUACCGACACCGUUCAGCCUUCAUUGUGCAUAAAAGAGUUCAUACUGGGGAGAAGCCCUAUAAGUGUGGUGCCUGUGAGAAGUGCUUUGGCCAGAAAUCAGACCUUAUUGUGCACCAGAGAGUCCAUACCGGUGAGAAGCCGUACAAAUGCUUGGAAUGUAUGAGAAGUUUUACUCGGAGUGCCAACUUAAUCAGACACCAGGCCACACACACUCACACUUUUAAAUGCCUUGAUUAUGAGAAACCUUUUGACUGUAACUCCGACCUUAUUGUACAUCAGAGGAUCCACAUGGAAGAGAAACCACAUCCGUGGUCAGCCUGUGAAAGUGGCUUCAUUCUAGGCAUGGACUUUGUUGCCCAACAAAAAGUGAGAACUCAAACAGAGGAGCUACGUUAUCAAUACAGUGUAUGUGAUAAGAGCUUCCACCAGAACUCGGCCCUUCUUCAACCCCAGACAAUCCACAUGGGUGAGAAACCCUAUCUCUGUCAUGUGAGUGAGAAAGGUGUUGAGCUCAGCCCUCCCCGCGCUUCAGAAGCCUCACAAAUGUCUUGACAAGAUAGAAAGUUAAAAUACCUUACAAAAACUGUCAGCACACACUAAGAUAAAAAGCCUUAGGCAUAUUUCAGUGGUGAAGCAGACUUUUCUCAGAGCUCAGACUUCAGCGAGGAACAGAGAACCAGCAAUUGUAGGCAGUGUGAGAAAUGUUUUGCCCAGAGAGCUCCUGUAACAGAACGCUUUUAUCAUUCUCCAGUAAGAAACCUACAAAUCCUCUGAGUUUGGGAAAACCUUUAGUCCAAACUCAAAUCUAAUCAUCUACAGUAGGAUUCACAUGAGUGGGAAACCUUGUCCUGCAGUGAAUAGGAGCCUCAUGUCAUUGCUCUUGGUUCGAGAGAAUUCACGCGGGAGAACACCUUUUAAAUGCUUCAGACAGUGUGCAUAUCUCAUAAGACAUAUAACAUGCUGUGGAGAAGGCCCAACAAGUGUGAGAAAUGCUUCUAAUAGAAGUGGUGACUUUCUUACCCAUCAGAGAAUCUAUACUGUCAAAACAAAAGUCUGUAUUUGUCUUGGGUGUGGCAGAAUCAUCGGUUGGCGAGCCUAGUUGUAUUUGAAUUAAAAAGAAAUACUUUGUUUGUUUGUGGGAAGACCUUUAAA